GAUUCCACUAUAAAUAGUGUCCAGUUAGCCUUCUACAUUCUUCAUCAAGCACGAAAAGAGAAAUACACAAGAAAAAAAAAAAACAAGUGAGCAGAUAAAUUGAAGACUUUAUUUCUGUUAACGUCCAUUAUGAGUACUGCUGGUCAAGUCAUCCGUUGCAAAGCUGCGGUAGCAUGGGAGUCGGGGAAGCCACUGUCAAUAGAGGAAGUGGAAGUGGCACCACCGCAGAAGGAUGAAGUCCGUAUUAAGAUACUCUUCACUUCUUUAUGUCACACCGAUGUCUACUUCUGGGAUGCUAAGGGACAAAACCCUCUGUUUCCUCGCAUACUAGGUCAUGAAGCUGGAGGGAUUGUGGAGAGUGUAGGUGAGGGGGUGACUGAUCUAAAGCCAGGUGAUCAUGUUCUCCCCAUCUUCACGGGGGAAUGCAAGGAGUGUCCCCAUUGCUUGUCAGAAGAAAGUAACAUGUGUGAUCUCCUCCGAAUCAACACUGAUAGGGGUGAAAUGAUUAAUGAUGGAAAAUCCAGGUUUUCCAUCAAUGGGAAGCCUAUCUACCACUUCCUAGGCACGUCUACUUUCAGUGAAUACACUGUUGUCCAUGUCGGCCAGGUUGCCAAGAUCAAUCCGGAGGCUCCGCUUGAUAAAGUUUGUGUUCUAAGCUGCGGAAUGUCCACAGGGUUUGGUGCCACUGUGAAUGUAGCUAAACCCAAAAAGGGUCAAUCCGUUGCAAUAUUUGGACUAGGUGCUGUCGGUCUUGCUGCUGCUGAAGGAGCAAGAGUUUCUGGGGCUUCCAGGAUCAUUGGUGUCGAUUUGAACCCUAGCAGAUUCGAACUAGCCAAGAACUUCGGUGUUACGGAGUUUGUGAAUCCGAAAGAUCACAACAAACCUGUUCAAGAGGUCAUUGCUGAGAUGACGGGUGGAGGAGUCGACCGCAGUGUUGAAUGUACCGGGAGCAUCCAGGCCAUGAUUUCUGCAUUUGAAUGUGUCCACGAUGGUUGGGGAGUUGCAGUGCUUGUGGGGGUUCCCAACAAAGACGAUGCAUUCAAAACUCAUCCAGUGAAUCUACUGAAUGAAAGGACUCUCAAGGGUACUUUUUUUGGCAACUACAAACCUCGAACUGAUAUUCCUGCUGUCGUUGAGAGAUACAUGAACAAGGAACUUGAACUUGACAAGUUCAUCACUCACUCUGUUCCCUUCUCUGAGAUUAACAAGGCAUUUGAGUACAUGCUUGCUGGCGAGGGCCUGAGGUGCAUGAUUCGCAUGGAUGCAUAAGGAUUGGCUGGCCAUGGAUGAAGGGCUUUUUGUCAAGUAUAUGUGCAUUUUAAGGGAAUAAAUAAUGUAAUGUAAUGCUACAUCGUUUUGCUGUAUUUAAUGGCAAAUUUUUAUCUUAUCAUACAUUUCUAUGA